AUGAAGUUACAACCUGCUGUCAGAUCUGAGCACAAGGUUGCUGUGCAGUCAGAGUUCAUCCUGGUCUUUAUUCUCACCACUUCCUGUUCCAGCCGUGACAUCACUACUGGACUGUCAGGUCUCUGUCAUGCUGUGAUGUCAGAGAGGAAUCACCGAGCUGCGAUCAGCCCAGAUGAAGUUAUUGGGCGGCCCACUUGCAGUACCUCCGCGGCCCUCCGGGGGGCCGCGGGCCACAGGAGCUCGGUUCGUCUCACCAUCAGGAAGAUCCAGUUCAGUCCAGAUAAAUCUGACGUGGUUCCAAACGCUGACAUGACCUUCCAGUUCCUGAUGUCUGAGAAACCUCUGCAGGUCAAGCUGAGCCUCCCCAAGGAGAUCUUCUACCACGGCGAGCCUCUCAAAGCAAACGUUGAAAUCACCAACUCGUCCAGCAGGAGCAUCAAAAACAUCAAUCUGUCAGUGGAUCAGGUGACCAACGUUGCUCUCUACUCCAACGACAAGUACGUCAAAUCUGUGGCCAGAGACGACACGGACGACGUGGUUCCCUCCGGAACCUCCCUGAAGAAGCAGUUCACCCUCCACCCACUGCUGUCCCUGAACAAGGACCGCCGAGGAAUCGCUCUGGACGGGAGGCUGAAGCACGAGGACACGAACCUGGCUUCAUCUAGCAUGGUGAAUCAGGAAGUCCUCAGGGAGGUCCAGGGGAUGCUAAUCUCCUACAAGGUGGUUCUGAAGAUGACGGCGUCUGGGACGGUGGGAUCCAGUGAGGUGUCUAUGGAGGUUCCCUUCAAACUGAUGCAUCCAAAACCUGAACCAGCCAAGGAAAGCGAGGACAUGGUGUUUGAGGAGUUCAAGAGGGCCUACCUGAAGGGAAUCGUCUACGGGGACGACGACGAGUCCCCCACCGAGGCCUGAACCAGGACCUGGACCGGGUCCUGGACCUGGACCCAGACCUGGACCUCCUGGUCCUGGACCCGGACCUGAACCUGGACCUGCGGGUGGAAGGAUGGAAUAUCGGACGCAGACCUGAACUUCCUGGUCCUGGACCCGCCCAUGUCUCCGCCCUGUAGCUGUAGCUCCGCCUCCAUCAGGGGGGGCGGUGACGGACCGUAGAGAACCGGACCCUAGGGACCCCGAUCCUAGAGGAUUCUGGGAAACAGAGUCUCGCUCCUGCUACAAGCCACUGAGGAAACUGCUGUCAUAGGUCACAUGUCUGUAGCCAGGUGUGUGAUGUCAGAGGUCACAUGUCUGUAGCCAGGUGUGUGAUGUCAGAGGUCACAUGUCUGUAGCCAGGUGUGUGAUGUCAUAGGUCACAUGUCUGUAGCCAGGUGUGUGACGUUAGCUGCAGCUACACUAAGCUCUGUAGAUGUGAUGAUGAUGUCAUCAUUAAAGGAACUUCCUGUUUGUGUGUUUCA